AUGCCUUCAACCUACCUCGUCUUCGGCGCAACAGGUGGUACAGGCAGUGAUUUCGUCGUUUGUAUGCUUGGCGAGAAGGAGGUGCAGAAGACGAGGAAGAUAUGUGUGGAGUUUGUCAAAGACCGACUUGUGCCAAGUAUGAGGAGGUGUGGCUUCAAAGGCAGAUUCCUCUACCAAGCUGGUGGCCUGACUUGUCCUCCCGGGGAGAGUCUGAGUUGGACGCUUUGGACAAUCCGCAACACUAUCGCCAGAGGUUUUAUCGGUCAGCAUGAGGAUAAUGAAGCUGUUAUGGAGUUUUUGCAUAAAGAGUGUGGGGAUUUGGAGUGGAUGGUGCAUUUGGCGGGUAUUGGUGGAGAUGGAGCGACGAAAGGAAGGUUGGAGAGGAGCAAGGAGAAGUUUAGCAUUGGCAAUCAUAGGGAUUGCGCGGAGUUUAGUUUGAGAGUGAUGGAGCACGAUGAAGCCGUUCGGGGAUGGUGGUUUAGUCGGCGCUUGUCCUGGGCAUGGCAGAUGUUCGAGCUGUACGGGAGCAGGCAUGAUCAAGUCAUAGGAUGUGAUGU